GUCGCUUCCAGUUGUUGCUUGGAGUUACAAAUGGCAUCUCUACAAUCUACAUCUCUAAAACAAUUUUACGGAAUCUUCUUGUUGCAUUUUUAUGGCAUUCUCUCUUUUUAACCUGACACCCGAGAGCAUUCUUUGCAAUCUUGCUAUUCUACACCAUCCAGACAGCCCGCCCAUUGCGCCGUAGACGAGUGUUUUUUUGCUAUUGACUAUUGAGCGCGCAUACAUGAAAUUGUUGCUGCUGAUUUUCUUAUGCAUCGGAUAUCCAUUUAUCUGGGCCAAAGAAUGUGUAGCGCUUGAACCAGCCGAAGACUUGUUUGUGUUUUGACAAUUAGUAACGCCAGGUCAUUGUGUUUGGCCGUGAGGUAUUCAUUUACAAGGCUCCACCCCUUGUGUGAUUUUACGAGCGCGAUAAGCAGCCGUAUACAGCAACAACAGCCGUCAUGUCGGAGAGUAUUAAAAGUAAAUUCUUCGGAGCCGUUAAAGACGUGCGCGAGAAAGUGAAAGAGUUGAUGAUCGACUCCACCAGUCCUGGUCCCAGUCCCCGACCCAGUCCUAAACCCAGUCCGAAGCCUAGCCCGCGGGCUAGUCCCGCGGUGAAAAUCAUGGAUGAUGAGAUCAAAGCCCUUCGUUUAAUCUGCUCGAUACAGCAGUAUGAUUGGGGCAAAGUUGGACGAUCGAGUAUCGUGGCACAGUUGGCCGAAGCUGGUGCAACUGAUGAGAAGAUCGACGAAGGAAAACCUUAUGCAGAGUUAUGGAUGGGCACCCACCCCAAAGGACCGUGUUAUAUUUUAUUGCCCAACAAUCAGGGCCAUUUAUUAGGGGAUUAUUUACAAAAGAAUGAUUAUUUAAUCGGAGAUGCGCUCAGUCAGCAGUUCGGUACGGACGGACUACCGUUUCUCUUCAAAGUGCUCUCCGUUGAUAAAGCCCUUUCCAUUCAGAUUCAUCCCGACAAGGACGAAGCGGGUGUUCUUCAUCGGCGCGAUGGUAAAAACUACCCAGAUGCCAAUCAUAAACCGGAAAUGGCUAUUGCGCUCACGCCGUUUCAAGCGCUUAUUGGAUUCAGACCUUUGGCAGAAAUCUUGGUGUUUAUACGAACUAUACCCGAACUGCGGAGCGUGAUUGGCGAGGAAACCUGCAUAUUAGUGGAGAAAGGUCUGACAUCUCCCCUCCAAGAUGAUCAAGUCAACGCGCUGAAGAAAGCUUUCUCAUCGCUAAUGGAGGCUGAUAAAGGUCUCGUGGCUGAUGAAGGCCAGAAACUGAACCGCUACUUCAUGAAUCUCAGAGUUGAUCACGCGAACCAGGCCGGUACCCGAUCCGGCGGCGUGUUCCAGGAUCACGGGCACAUUUACAUCCAACUGUACGCGGACUUCCCGGGAGAUGUUGGGUGCUUUUGCGUCUUCUUCAUGAAUCACAUCACGCUGCAGCCCGGCGAGGCUAUCUUUUUGGGUCCGGAUGUGCCCCAUGCGUAUCUGAAAGGAGAUCUUGUGGAAUGUAUGGCCAACUCGGACAACGUUGUCCGUGCGGGUUUGACGCCAAAAUUCCGUGAUGUGGAAACACUGCUGGAACUUGUGGAUUAUUCAUACGGGCCGGGCGAGGAUUACAAGUUCCCCUUGACGCACGAUAACGAUGAUGUAUGGACUGCUUAUUACUUGCCACCCAUUGCGGAGUUUGGUGUAGCGCGCACCGAGAUCCCGGAAGCCAACGCCAUUUAUACCCUGCCCGAACUGGGAUCGGCCAGUAUAGUGCUGUGCUUGACCGGAAGUGCCCGGUGUUCCAUUGCCGAGGAGCCCAUUGAGAAAGGGACAGUAUGGUUACUGCCGGCCAACACGGAAGCGGAGAUACGCAUCACUGAGGGACCCAUUGUCCUCUUCCGAGCCUUUGCUCAAGUAUGAGGAACCAGCAUUGGCUGACCAAUACCCAUUGCCUUUAAUACGUAUCUGUAUUUGCAAGCUGUUACCGGCUAAAUAUUAAUUGUUGUAUGCCUGUCCUGGUGCCUGUUGGAUUAUUUGUGGUAAUCAGUCUGGAGAGGUUUUAUAUUGUUGUACGGUAGUUAAUUUUUUCUAACUGUGUGGACCACAUUAGUGCUGAUUCUCUUCGCGGUUGCCUUUUCUUUCUUUUCGGUGUCCGAUUGUGUUGAUUUCGUUGUGAAAGAAAUUCUAGUGGAAUUUGUAGUUUGCCUUUACUGAUGCUUCACCGAUCCAUUUGUGUGCUUAAUUAUGUAUUUCUUGUUCCUCAGCGAGUUGAGAAGCAUCAAAAAUAUAAAUAAAAAGUAUUGUCUUG